AAGUCGGCCCCGCGAGUCCCCGCCUCCCGGGCUCGGAGCUGGGAUGCCAGCGGGCCCCGCCUCCGCCCUUGGCCUGGGAGCUGCUUGGCUUCUCCAACCGUGGGCUCUCUCGCUCGUGGGCUCGCUCUUUCGGGUGGGAGCCACUUCCCUGGCUCCCCCUGCCCCUGCUCCAUUCGUGGACCAGGCCGACGCGGCGCCCCCCGCCCCUCCCCCCGCUCCCCGAGCCCUCCCUUGCACCUGUCGUGGUUCGGGAGGAAAUCCCCUCACCCUUACCGUCCCCUCCCCUCAGCCCGCGGGGUCGCUCCCGAUCCGCUCCCCCCCCACCCCUCCCCGGGCGUAGUCCCGGACCCCCGUCCUCGGCAGAAAAGCGGGCGGAGCCCCGGGGUGCCGCAGCCGCAGCUCGAGCCUGGGAGAGGCGAAGUGGAGCCCGAGGAGGGCGAGGACCGAGGAGGGGGGCUGGUCUGAACCACAACUUAAGGGCUUUGUGAACAUGUGCUUCUUCUUGUGUUAUCCUCUUUCUGCGUGGCCUGCACAACAGAGAAACCAGUAGAAGUUAUGCUUAAGGCUCUUUGGUAUAAUCCUGAUCAGCUUCUUCUAAAGGAGCUAAAACAUUGGGUCAUCCAUAGGAGAAUGCUUACAACUACCCAGUGGAGUCACUUAAAGGUAAACUAGAGUAAGAAUGGGAGACUCCAGGGAGUUUUGUCCUCACCUUGAUUCUAUAGGUGAGGUCACCAAAGAGGAUCUACUUCAGAAAUCCAAGGGGACCUGCCAGUCCUGUGGAGCAGGAGGACCGAACCUCUGGGCCUGUCUCCAGGUUGCUUGCCCUUAUGUUGGAUGUGGAGAAUCUUUUGCUGACCAUAGCACCAUUCAUGCACAGGCCAAAAAGCACAACCUGACUGUGAACCUCACCACCUUCCGUGUGUGGUGUUACGCUUGUGAGAAGGAGGUAUUCUUGGAUCAGAGGUUGGCAGCACACCCACCAUCCCCACCAUCCAGGUUCUCAGAGCAGGAGACUCCAUUGCCUUCUCACCCUUUGAAAGCUGUCCCUAUUGCAGUGGCGGAUGAAGGGGAAUCUGAGUCUGAGGAUGAUGACCUGAAACCUCGAGGCCUGACUGGUUUGAAAAACCUUGGGAAUUCCUGCUACAUGAAUGCAGCCCUCCAGGCACUCUCUAACUGUCCCCCUUUGACCCAGUUCUUCUUGGAGUGUGGAGGACUGGUACGUACUGACAAGAAACCAGCCCUAUGCAAAAGUUACCAGAAGCUGGUCUCAGAGGUCUGGCAUAAGAAGCGGCCAAGCUAUGUGGUGCCUACCAGUCUGUCCCAUGGAAUCAAGUUGGUCAACCCCAUGUUCCGAGGUUAUGCACAGCAGGACACCCAAGAGUUCCUGCGCUGUUUGAUGGACCAGUUACAUGAAGAGCUCAAGGAGCCAAUGGCAGCUGAUGUGAGGGACUCUGACUCCAGUGACUCAGAAGAGAAGCGGGAGGGCGACCGGAGCCCUUCAGAGGAUGAAUUCCUCUCCUGUGACUCCAGCAGUGAUAGGGGUGAGGGGGAUGGGCAAGGCAGGGGGGUGGGCAUGGGCAACACCCUGGCAGAGACUGAGUUGCUGAUCCAGGAUGAAGCGGGCAGGGGGAUUUCAGAAAAGGAGAGGAUGAAGGACAGAAAAUUCUCCUGGGGCCACCAGCGAACUAGCUCUGAGCAAGUUGAUGAAGACGCAGAUGUUGAUACCGCCAUGACCGCCGUCGAUGAUCGCCCCACUGAAGCCCUCCCCUCUCCACGUUCCACCAGCCCAUGUAGGACGCCAGAGCCAGAUAACGACGCAUACAUGCGCUGCUCCUCCCGCCCUUGCAGCCCUGUCCACCACGAGGCACACUCCAAGCUGUCGAGUAGCCCCCCUCGCUCUAGCCCUGUGAGAGUGGGACCAUCCUAUGUACUCAAGAAAGCCCAGGUGCUGGCUGCUGGGAAGAAGAAGAAAGAGCUUCGGUACCGUAGUGUCAUCUCAGACAUCUUUGAUGGCUCCAUACUCAGCCUGGUGCAGUGCCUCACCUGUGACAGAGUGUCCACCACGGUGGAGACAUUUCAAGACCUGUCACUGCCCAUCCCAGGGAAGGAAGACCUGGCCAAGCUGCACUCGGCCAUCUACCAGAAUGUGCCAGCCAAGCCAGGGGCAUGUGGGGAGAGCUACACAGCCCAGGGCUGGAUUGCCUUCAUCAUGGAGUAUAUUCGACGGUUUGUGGUAUCAUGCAUCCCCAGCUGGUUUUGGGGUCCUGUUGUCACCUUAGAAGACUGUCUUGCUGCUUUUUUUGCUGCUGAUGAGUUGAAGGGGGACAAUAUGUAUAGCUGUGAACGGUGUAAAAAAUUACGAAAUGGAGUGAAAUACUGUAAAGUUCUUCGAUUACCUGAGAUCCUAUGCAUUCAUCUGAAACGUUUUCGGCACGAAGUGAUGUAUUCAUUCAAAAUCAAUAGCCACGUCUCCUUCCCCUUGGAAGGUCUUGAUCUACAACCCUUCCUUGCCAAGGAGUGUGUCUCUCAGAUUACCACCUAUGACCUCCUGUCUGUCAUCUGCCAUCAUGGUACAGCAGGCAGUGGGCACUACAUCGCCUACUGUCAGAACGUAAUAAAUGGCCAGUGGUAUGAGUUUGAUGAUCAGUAUGUUACAGAGGUCCAUGAGACAGUGGUCCAAAAUGCGGAGGCCUAUGUUCUCUUUUAUAGAAAGAGCAGUGAGGAAGCUGUGCGGGAACGUCAGCACGUGGUGUCCCUGGCUACCGUAAAGGAGCCCAGCUUGCUCCAGUUCUACAUAUCCCGCGAGUGGCUCAAUAAGUUCAACACAUUUGCUGAGCCAGGACCCAUUACAAACCACACGUUCCUCUGUUCUCAUGGAGGAAUUCCACCCAAUAAGUACCAUUACAUUGAUGAUCUUGUGGUGAUCCUACCCCAGAAUGUAUGGGAAUAUCUCUACAACAGGUUUGGUGGUGGCCCUGCUGUGAAUCAUCUCUAUGUGUGCUCAGUCUGCCAGGUAGAGAUAGAAGCCCUGGCCAAGCGAAGGCGGAUUGAGAUCGACACUUUCAUUAAGCUGAACAAAGCGUUUCAAGCAGAGGAAUCCCCCAGUGUCAUCUACUGCAUCAGUAUGCAGUGGUUCCGAGAAUGGGAGGCCUUUGUUAAGGGCAAAGACAAUGACCCCCCUGGACCCAUUGACAACAGCAAGAUAGCACUGAUCAAAGGAGGUGGUCACAUCCAGGUGAAGCAGGGAGCUGACUAUGGACAGAUUUCAGAAGAGACCUGGACUUACCUGAAUACCCUGUAUGGAGGUGGUCCUGAGAUUGCAAUCCGACAGAGCAUUGCCCAGUUGCAGGAACCAGAGAACCUGCAUGGGGAACAGAAGAUUGAGGCAGAGACCCGGGCUGUGUGACCUUCGUAGUCCAACUUGGUGAUCCAAGUCUUUUUGUAGGUUACACAAGAUUGUCUCUUGCCAGUGGACGGGGGUCUUUGCAACGGAGAAGAGGCCAAGUGUUUGGGAAAAGCAAAUGUAACAACAAGCAAAAAAACGUUCUGGUUCAGAGUGAGCAGCGCUGCAGCUGGGAAAUAUAUUAACUUGCAGGCUUGUUAAGGCUAUCAAGACUUUGUACCAUUCUUUUUGGUUUUUGUUCUGGUGGCACACAAGUUAAUCAUAGUUAAUGUUCCUGAAACUUUCUCUUAGGCUAGCUCUUACAGCACCAACGACCACUGGAGCUUGGUCUCUUUGAGCAGGUCUGGCACAGGCCCAGCCUUGGGGUCUACUUGUCUGCCAUGUUCUCAGGGGAUGAAGGUUGGGGAACUGCUUAUUCAAAAGGAUUUCCAGUUGUGCGUUUGGUCCAGUGCCCCUGUAAAUUAUAGAUGUGGACAACAAUAACAACCAGAAACUAAACCUAGGCCUGAGUCUAUAUUUAGUAUUACCCUCUUGCUAUCCCCCCACCUGAGGCAGAUUCUCAGUUCAGGUGGAUUAGAAACAUUUCAUGAUUCAAAACCAGAUGCCUUCCCCAGCUGGCACAAGAGCAAGGCCAAGCCAUCUUUCAGCAUUUUCCCAUUCAGUAGACGUACAUUGGAGACUCAAGGAACUUCUUUCCCCUUGUGGGGGACCUGCGAGAUCCAAAACAUUCCUUAGCUCCUGGAGGUCUCUAUUUGGUCUGAAUACACAUUUAUAAAGUUGUACUAAUAGGGGCGAGGCAGGCCCCGGAAGCAGCCAUCCAUCCCCCAAGCGGUUCAGCCCAGAUUCCUCUCUCCUUGCAGAGUACAUUGGGGGGAGGGGUUAGUGAGGUUUGGUGGCAGAAGAAAAGAAAGUCUUUCCCCUUGACUCAUUUGCUGCUCUGUGCAGAUUCCCUUAAAUGGCAGGAUGACAGAACGUGCCCCUCCUUUCCUCCUUCUUGCUCUUAAAUACUUAUUAGCUGUGUAGCCUUGGCAGGGAAAUAGGGCCAGACCCACCCCGGUGUGGUUCUGAAGCUUAUCUGUGAAUCUAUACAUGCUGCCCACCCUCCUUCCCCCUCAAAAAUCUAAACCCAGCUCACUGUGGUCUGCCACAGCUCAUGUGUGAACAGACACACUUUGCAGCUAAUGCCACAGUCCCCGUAGGAAGGGACAGGUGAUUCUCCGGUCGAGAUGAGCAUGAGGGGCCAGAGGUUGGGGGUUGGGGGGGGGGGUUGCCCACCAGACCCUGCUCAGAGCACAGCGAGGAUCCUGCUCUUUCCCCAGUGAGGCAGCAGCGUGCACGUUGAUCAAAGGAUGAGCCUCUGUCGGACCUCGUUGCCGUUUGAGGUUCUCAUGUGACCGGCUGCAGCAGCAAGCACCUCCUGGCCAGCCUCUAGGUCCGCAUGUUCUCAGACUGUUUGUGUUGUAGAUUCUGCUGUACAGAUUGUAGUAACAUUUCUGUGUUCAAGUUUGUGCUCAGUGUCCUAAUAAAUACAUGUGCAUUCA